UUUUGUCUUGGAACAGGUCAGAUUCAACAAUUGCAAUUUGUGGAAAACGUAAACAUGGCCGAUGAAAGAAGACGGGAAUUGAGGCGCCGAAAGAUUUUAGAAAAUUCAGAUGCUCGUCGUGAUAAAAUAUUUGGAUUGACUAAAUCAACCAAAUUACCUCUAACAUUAGAUCAAACCAACUCUGAAGAAGUCCAAUCCACACCAUUGUUUUCAACAUCAACUCCACUGACUGGUGCUGACCUAAGUUCUCGUCCUCACAUUCCAUUUCUGCUCAAGCCGCCAAGAACUGUACAAGACUGCAGCAAUGUUGGCACCACUCCCCUCUCAUCCAGAGACUCCACUCCACUUGUGACCCGACAUGCAGGGUCUGAUUGGCAAAAUGCCAAUGACAUCAAUGUGAUAGCAUCCGAAACUAGGAAGGUGAACUUUUUACUAUCUAAUAAUGGUUUGUCUAAUCAAAAAGCAUCUCACUCUGCCUUUCUUGAUGAUCCUAGAUUAUCAAAUGAAAGUGAUCUUACUUUAGGGACCAGUUUUAAUGGCUCUCGUGCUGCUACCAAUGUAUAUACUAGAUACAUAUAUGCUUUUGCUCCUUGUUUUCUUGCAUUAAUUGUAUGUUUCUUCUUACAACUUGAGCUAGGACAUGUUGUAUUCAACAGUGUAGCUUUGCCUAUAAUAUUAUACGAGUGUCAUAGCUUGGCAACAAAGCUUUACCUACAAAAUUUGGAUCAAGAACUGAACAAUCCAGGUUUAUGGACCGCAGUGCUGGCUUGGUGUGGUGUUUCUCAUGUUGUUAUUUCUCACUGUCUGAAAAUUAUAUUUGUUCUGAGAGACUUGGGGCCAAGUUUUGCUAUGUACUUGGUAACCGUUGUUCUGUGGCACACAUUCUUGGGACUGCCAGCUGAUGAAAAUAUUGUUACUAGUUGAAUGAACUAAUUUGCUGUUUUGAACAUCACCGCAAUAUACAAGACCUUAUGGCCUUCCUGGAUAUAAUAAGAACUUACCAGAGGUAGCUGUAUUUCAUUUUGUAAUAAUUUCUUAGCUGGUUUUGAAAUAAGGUUAAGGUUUCUCACUUUAUUGAAUAAUAUUUUUUAAUGAUAGUGUCAGCGUACAACAUGAGUUACUGUAGUUCUGUGAUAAGAGUCAAAUGCCAUAAAUCGGAAACUUGAACCAGCAUGAAAUCUCAUGCUUCUGUUUUUUCAUGCUUUCAGAUAUUUGAACGUUUUAAAAGUGGGAAUUUAGCAAACCUUACAUUUUUUACUUUAUUCAACAGUGCAGUUUAAUUUUGAUCAGAUCAUCAGGUAUCUGUCAAUAAAAAGCCUAAGUUCCUAAUUAAAAAAAAGGAAAUUAUUAACUCUUAUGACAAAUCUGAACAAUCCUAAAUAUUUGCUAAAUGUUAGAAUCUGCGUGAAAUUAAACAGAGAAGUUAAUUAGACCUCAGCUGCAUUUCCCUGUUCCUAACGUACUGUCAUCAGGCAAGUCUUGAAAGUCCUACUCUGAGGCGUCUAUUCUCAGUAAUUUGUGGCUCUCACCGCUUUUACAGUAAUGCUACCGUACCCUAUAUGUGCGCCAAUAUUCUAGGUUCUAAUUUUAUUUAAGAUGUUUAUCUGUCUGCCCAUUUAUUAACGAAUAAAGUUUUUCUGUCCAGAA